AUGAGCCCCCAUCUUUUCAGUACCGUAAAUGGCUUGGCACGUUCAAAGUCGCUACGAAAGGACCUUUCACAUCCGAUCAGCAGUCAGGGACGAGAGAUCAUUCUACAGUGCUUCGAAAAUCCUCAUUCCGAAUUUGGUAACAAGGUUUUGCAACGGAUUUUCGAGAAACGAAUUGACUAUCAGAAGUAUGUUUAUACGUUGGGCAGGGAACGAGCCUAUCAAAUGAGCAUUCGACUUAAGGAUCUCGUUGAAGAGGUCGUAUCGAAGAUUUUCGACCCUGACCAUAUUUGCUCAAUAUCGAGGACUUAUGGCGAGGAGCAUGUGGAAUUGAAGGCGUAUGGUUUCAAGCCGGACUUUUGGGUGACCAUCGCCGAUGCGAUCACCGUCGAGGGUGUCAUACUGGAUAUGGCAAAUCAUCAGGUUCGUUCCUAUAGAGCACUCUUCUGGUAA